GUCCACCAUCUUGCGUGUGUUUGUCGUGGAUGAUCGCGGACUUUGUUGUGCGCGUCCGCGAAUUUCGGCGUGACGCGUGAUAUGUGUGGACGUAAGGGUGCAGCGAGGUGGAAGGCGUUCGACGACGGUGACGCAACGUGACGACUCAGCUCGGAGGGUGUCCGGCGUGUGCGGUGACGAGCGGCCCGGGAAGGCAGACGACGCUGGGCGUCUCUUCGUUCUUGUGGCGAAAGAAGAAAACGAGAUUAGUAAAGACUCGAAAUUCCAUUACAAAUAUAAGAAGAGGAAGCAGACGGAUAAAAAUUGCAAAAUGGAUGAAAAUCAACAGCGGCGAGGACCGGUAUUUCGGUCACUCAACAGUCAACAUGAAUCCUUCAUCAGAUUUAUUAAUACAACACCUCAUACUAUUACUUUAUACUGGAUGGAUUAUCAAGGGCAGGCAAUUGAUUAUGGCGAUCUAUCAUCUGGGAACUACAGGGAAAUAAACACGUUUUAUACGCAUCCGUGGAUUUUCGUCAAUAAAGAAACGGGCGACAGUCCACAGAGUACGAAAUAUUUUCGAAAUAUUGGCAUCAAAAUAGACGGAUUAAUAAUGACUAGGGCAAAACGAAACAGGUAUUUGGUGAGCCAGCGUGAUGUUUUCUUUCCGGCGCCGUGGUUUCUUCAGUACCGUGGUGUUACGCAGGACAAACUGCCGCAAAGAAUCGAGAGGACCAACGUGUACAUCGUGCUACCGAUGUUUACUCUACAACAAUUGUCACUGAGAGUCAUCAAAAACUGUCUUACAUACGAUUCGCAGGCUUUUCAUCUUGAUAUUCCACGGAGUCUCCAAUUAGAGCUUGUUACAAUGCUACCGAAGAAACCUCAAUCUUCGUGACAUGUUUUCUCAUAACGUACUAUUGUUUUUACGCACGAUUGGGGUAUCGCGAUUAAGAUAAUAAUUCCAAAACUUGGACAUUUUUUUGUAAUUUUUGCAAAGA